AUGGGUUCCGGUAGUGUAAACAGGUACCACAAAGCACAGUGUCGGGAUCACGUGACUGCGGUGAACAUCAAUGACUACAUGCGGUCUGCCUUGCUGAACAACAUCACAUCACUCUAUCGAGACAACGAGACACGGGAAACCAAAAGUGAAAGAAGAAUUGAGCCCAGUCACGUCCACUGUUUUUGGUUCUGACCAAGUGUGUAUUUCUCUACAAAUGGAUAAUGGAGACUGGGGCCAUAGGAUGACCACUCCUGUUACCUUAAACGUAGGAGGUCACCUGUACACGACCAGCUUGUCCACACUGCAGCGUUAUCCAGACUCCAUGCUGGGUGCCAUGUUCCGGGGAGACUUCCCGACAACCCGCGAUUCCAAAGGAAAUUACUUCAUCGAUCGCGACGGGACACUUUUCAGAUACAUCCUAAACUUCCUGCGGACGUCGGAGCUGACCCUCCCGGUUGACUUCACAGAGACAGACCUUCUGAGGAAAGAGGCUGACUUCUACCAGAUCGAACCUUUGAUCCAUUGCCUCAGUGAUCCCAAGCCGCUGUACCCUCCAGACAUCUUCGAGCAGGUCGUGGAGCUUUCAAGCACCCGCAAACUGUCCAAAUAUUCCAACCCAGUAGCUGUCAUCAUCACACAGCUAACAAUAACCACAAAGGUCCAUGCCCUGUUGGAAGGAAUUUCCAAAAACUUCACCAAAUGGGACAAACACAUGAUGGACACCAGAGACUGCCAGGUGUCCUUCACCUUCGGACCGUGUGACUAUCAUCAGGAGGUGUCCCUGCGUGUUCACCUUAUGGACUACAUCAUGAAACAAGGCUUCACCAUCCGUAACACUCGAGUGCACCACAUGAGCGAGCGAGCAAAUGAGAACACGGUAGAACAUCACUGGACUUUCUGUAGACCGGCUCACAUAGUUGCAGACUGACUUAUUGUGAAGGACAUUUGUUCUCAUCUGAUGUUCAAUGAUGUUACAUGUAUUGUGAUUUAAAGACCAAAUAUAAAUGCAUUACGUUAAAAGAAAAAAUGUUCUUGUUCUUUUAAAAUGUUAAACCUUAAGAAGCACAGCUUGAAAAAUAAUGUGCCAUUUUAAAGUAUUUAGUAGCAAUAAUGUAUAUGCUCCUAAGGAAAUUAGCAAUAUGUGCUGCAACUGUUACUCGGCAAUAAAGUAAUUGUGAAUUGAAGACAUUAAUUGGAGGCUGCUGCCUAUGUAUGGUAGCCUAUUAUACAUGUAUUUGUUUUAUGCAAGGUCGUGUAUUAUAGUUAACUGAAAAAAAAAAAUGCUGCACACAAAAUAUGUUUGCCUCUGGCCCCAUCAACCUUUAUGGACUUGACAGCUCUUGUGGCACUUUGUUGAAGAAUGACAUUUGCAUUAACAGUUGUCCACCUUUGAUCUGUAAUCCAUUACUGGACUCCAUGACACAGUUAUAAAAUAAUCCUCGUAGUCUUUAUGGUACUGUUUCUAACCUGUGUAGUUGUUGCAUGUGUUUAAUGUAUGUUUAGUGUUGGUAGUUGUGUGGCAAUAAAUUCUUAAUCUCAAUGGGAUUUU